AUGGCAAGCCAAGAGAAUAGCAAGACAAGUAUAUUACAAGUUCACGACGACAAUCAUUCAGUGAAUGUAUUGUCGGAGCACAAUUCAAGUAGUAACACUGAUGGAAAGCUCUCGAUCUUUAUCAAUCCAGUUCUUGAUCCUCGACAAAGCGAGAUUCAUCACGACAUGAUCGAUACGCACUCUGUCACGUUGAGCUCAAUGCAUAGUGUACUACCAGUUCUUGUACGUGCUACAAGUCAAGAAAUCCAAGUUGACCAUACAGUUGGACGUACACGAGUUCCGUGGCAUUCAAAGAGUGUCUCGGAUCUUCGAAAUGUUCUGGCAAAAAACCCGACACGAAUUGUUGCAUUUGACGUGGGUGGGAAACUUUUUCGUUGCAAAGAGAGUUUAAUUGCGAAAUAUCCACUUAAACGAUUGAAUCAGAUUAUUGCAUGCAACUGUGGCAAAAGUAGUUGCCUUGAUGAUGCGUUUUAUAUUGAUCGCAACCCGCAACAUUUUGAAAUGAUAUUGGAUUGGUACCGUACCAAAAAAUUAGUACGUCAACGUAAUGUGGAUGAACAAGCAUUUAAGAACGAUGCGAUCUACUUUGAUCUAUAUGAAGAAUUAUUUCAAUCUUUACCAGCAGGAGAAGCACUUUUAUGGCCAAGUACAACAUCAACAUUUGAUGGUUUUAGUCGUCGACGAUCAGUAAAUGAUGUUGAUUUGAUUGGUACACCUUCAAAACGAGUGAGUAUGUUUGCUAAUAUGGCAUCAUCAUCAUUACAAGUCUCAAAGAACGAUGGUUUGUCAUUUAUCCAAGUAAAUGACAAGAGUGAGCAAGAUGUACAACUUCCGACAAGUCGAAAUGAAAACAUCUUACGUUUUUUUCGUCAAGAAACACGCAAGUUAACACUUUCAAGUGUACCUCUUGUUUUUGUUAUUCCUUCAUUUGAACAAUUACUUGUUGAAAGGAUUCAAGGUCGAGGAAUUCUUAUGGUUCGUGUUUGUGAUCCAAUGGAUAUACAACAAGUUCAAAUAUCCGAAGCUGUUCUAUUUGACAGUCAAUCUUCUCUUGAUCUUAUGCAGUACAUUGCAUUACUUCCAGGAGAUCACGUCUAUACAUUUUGGAUAACUGAACCUUCCACUGGUUCUAAUGCGAAUAUCGUUCAUUCUUCCAAUCCUAUAGCAUUGGAAAUCACUUUCAAGAUCAUUUUUACAUUUGAGUCAAAAGAUCGAAUUUCUGAUACUUUGGAGAUGGAACUUGCACGUACUACAUUGAAAUGUCAUGAUUUGAUAUGUACAUUGUCCUCCAAAAGAAAUUCCAAGCGAUCCGAGUCAUGUCUUCCCAUUUCUUCGUUUAAACUCAAGGAAUUCUCAAGUCUUUCAAAUGGUCCAAUCAACUCAAAAGUAUCUCCAUUACACAAGACGAAACUUGAAAUUCAUGGCAAUCAAAAAGCUACGAUACGAAACGUUGGAGGUUCCAGUAUGUGUCAAGAUCCUCGAAUUGAGAAAGAGAAUGGUACAGUGUAUCGACCAGAAGAUGUUGAGAUGUAUUGUACCGACAAACAUGGUACGUUGCAUGAGUUGCAACCACAAUGUGAUGAAAAGAAACUUGCAACGUAUCACUUUCGUUAA